ACACACAUGAACACACACAAUCGGCGGUCGUCAUCUUGUCCUCCAACGGUUCCCCGGGAAAGCUGGACCAGACGUGACUUGACGUUUUUUUUGUACUUUAGAAAACGCGCGCGAGGAAGAAGGACAUGGUAAGCGCACAGGUAGAGCACACAGGAGCGUCUUUUUUAAAAUAAUUUUGGUAUCAACUUCUAGAAGGAGAUUACAGGAGACUGAAGAAGGGACAAUGACAGAAAGCAGCUUUGUCAUAUCCUGCUGAGUUGUUGUUUGUUUUUACUUCCUGGCACGUCCAACUCCUCUCGCGACCCUUAAAGGAACACCUGGAAUGGAAAAACUUUAUCAGCCUCGUCUGGACUGUGGUAACAACUCCCAAGAAAGAAUGAAGUAACCACUAUGGAGCCGGAAAAUGCCCCGUACUCCAAACUGAAAACCACUGGAGUCGGGGGGAGAGUUCUGAUUCUUUGGACGAUACUCUGCUGCACCUGCUCUCUAAGGCUGGCACAAGCACAAGAUGUUGACGUUCUGCAGCAGCUUGGGCUUUCUGGGAGAAGGGCAGGAGGGUGGUCAUCUUCGGGUGCUCGAUCCAUCCCUAAUGGUGUCAUCCCCUUCAAGUCAGGAGUUAUUCUCACACCUAGGGCACGCAUCCAGGUGCCUCUGCCAACCAUCAUUCCUGCAAACUACACCUCCAGCAAUCUCUCCCUGAUCCUCAGUCUGUCUGUGCAUCGCAUCAACAGUGCUUUCCUUUUCUCCGUUCUGUCUAAGAAAAGGAAAGUUCAGCUCGGGGUGCAGUUCUUACCGGGGAAAAUCUUGUUACACGUGGGGCCAAGGAGCUCAGUGAGUUUCGACUAUGAUGUCCAUGAUGGCCGUUGGCAUAGUCUGGCUUUGGAUAUCCAAGGUCAUCAGGUGUUCUUACACACCUUUUGUGGAGAGAAGAGUGUACGUGCGGAUUUGUAUUUUAAAAAAGUGGAGUCUCUGGAUGCAGAGGGCUCUUUCUUGCUUGGAAAAAUGAACCACAACUCGGUGCCAUUUGAAGGUGCCAUUUGUCAGUUUGACAUUUAUCCCUCUGCUAAGGCAGCUCAAAAUUAUUGUGAUUACAUAAAAAAACAUUGCAGAGAAGCUGACACGUAUCGGCCCGUGCUUCCACCCCUGCUACCUCUUUUUUCAAGUGACCCAAACAUUACUGUCACUCAUAGAACUUUAUCAAAAAACACAGAGAGAUCAGCUUUAGCCUUGACAGAGGAAAGGACGAGGACUACGAAUGCUGUUCCAACUCAUGGCUCGUUGAUGCAGAAUGAGACGUCUGUUUAUCAGACUGGGAGCACACCAAAACCUGCUGCUGUGUCUGUUUCUCCACCAGUUCAGCCGGGCUUGGAAAGCCCGUUUAAAUUUCAGACCCAAACUACUACUGCAUCUCUUAAAAUCAGCGGGAUGCCACUGAACCCAAAACCUACUUCUUAUGGUGGUUCUGGAAAAAACCCAGAGCAAGGAGAUAAUAACCCUCAGAAGUCUUUUGACCAAAUUAUGGAUUUACCUGCUUCUAUAAGACCAUCUGAGAUGGAUCCAGGCCUCCAGGCCACAGCUUCUCUCACACAGGGGUCACCUCAAAACGCCUACCUUCCCCAUGAAAACCGGUCGAGUACAGAAGCUUCAAAGAAACUUGAGCCAAAAGUGACCAGUGUGCAGGAUGUCAAACCCACCCCGAUUAUUCCAGUCACUCCAGCUGCAACAGAUGGUUUUCAAACAUUUGAUGUGGAGCCGACCCAGUUCUCACUGCUGGCUGGACCACCUGGAUUAAAGGGAGAACCAGGACAGCGGGGCCCUGUAGGUCUUCCAGGAUUGCCAGGAAAGCAAGGGAAGAGGGGCCCAAGGGGUCCUCCUGGCCCACAUGGAAACCCUGGUCGCCCUGGACCUCCAGGAGCGAAGGGACAAAAAGGAGAUCAUGGACUGUCCCCUGGUCUUGCUUCCAAAGGACUUAAAGGAGAGCCUGGUGUAUUAGGCCCACCUGGACUGCCUGGCCAAGCUGGACGAAAGGGACGAAAAGGUCAUCCUGGUCCUUGGGGUCUCCCUGGCGACCCUGGUGAACGGGGAGAUGAUGGAAGCACUGGGGCCAAAGGCUAUCCUGGCAGGCAGGGUUUACCUGGGCCUGUAGGGAAAAUGGGGCCAAAAGGAGUCAGGGGUCACAUUGGCCUCCCUGGGCUUUUUGGCCGCCCUGGUCCUGAUGGCGAGAGAGGAAUUCCUGGCAUUCAUGGGAAGAAGGGCAAGAUGGGUAGGCCGGGGUUUCCUGGAGACUUUGGGGAGAGGGGACCUCCAGGUCCUGAUGGGAACCCAGGUGAGCUGGGAGCUCCUGGCCCAUGUGGUGUCCCUGGUCUUAUUGGAGACAUGGGCCUUGCAGGCAUCAUGGGCUUACCUGGACCACCAGGACUCAAGGGAGUAACUGGAAACUCAGGGGAGCCAGGACUGAAAGGUGAUAAGGGGGAUGUUGGCUUACAAGGAGAGCCAGGGCCUUGUGGGUUCCAAGGUGAUAAGGGUAUCCGUGGCCCGCCAGGGUUGCCAGGUCCUUGCGGAAAACCUGGAACACAGGGCAAGCCUGGUGAAAAGGGUCCUGAUGGUUUACCUGGCCCCCCUGGCCCAGAGGGCUUCCCAGGAGACAUCGGCCUACCGGGACAAAAUGGCCCUGAAGGACCCAAGGGAAAGCAAGGGACAAGAGGUUUGCCAGGUCCAAGAGGAGCAACUGGACCUCAGGGUGAUGAGGGACCAGUUGGGUCAGCUGGACCUGCUGGACUCGAGGGCAGGCCUGGGAGGCAGGGAUUCCCUGGACUGACAGGCCCAGAUGGACUCAAGGGCGAGACCGGGAUAACUGGCGAGGUCGGAAAGCUUGGCGAGAGGGGGAUGCCUGGUUUUGUGGGGCCUGUCGGAGAGGCAGGUAUCACAGGAGAAAAGGGGGAUCGAGGGAAAACUGGCGGUCCUGGGCCGCCAGGUGAACCAGGGUCGAUGGGUCACACUGGAUUACCUGGAGAGUCGGGGCCACCUGGACCACAAGGGAUCCCAGGGCCUCCUGGUUCUCGGGGAUCCAUAGGCGUCAGGGGCCCCAAAGGAGUGAGGGGUCCAUGGGGUCCUGAUGGCCCAGUUGGGGAGAAAGGAUCCACUGGAGUAAAGGGCCCUGAUGGUCCACCAGGAAAAUUGGGCCUCCCUGGGGAGACGGGAAAGCUUGGCGAGCCAGGUGAAGCUGGGCCUAAGGGAUUUCCAGGUAUCCAAGGACCUUCUGGAUCUCAGGGGGCCAAAGGAAUUGCAGGAGAGCCAGGACCAGCAGGGCCGCCAGGAACAAUUGGACCACUGGGGGAGAUGGGACCAAUGGGGCCAACUGGGAAGGCUGGGGACAGAGGGCUUCCUGGUGAACGUGGAGAGAAGGGUCCUAGUGGUCUACCUGGCAACAUGGGGGAGCAGGGCUUGAUUGGCCAGAGAGGGGAGACAGGCAUUGAUGGUGAUGCUGGAUCAAGUGGACCUGAUGGAGCCAAGGGAGAAAAGGGGGAACUUGGUCCGGAGGGCGCCAAAGGAGACAGGGGGGAAAUUGGUCUGAAAGGAAAGGAAGGACCUCUUGGUCCUCCUGGUCUAGUGGGUGUAAGGGGUCAGGAGGGGAAACCUGGUAAAAUUGGGGAGAGAGGAAAGCCAGGAGAAAAGGGCAGCAAAGGUCACCAAGGUCACCUGGGUGAGAACGGGCCAGUUGGUGAGCAGGGCGAGAUUGGGUUUGUUGGGCAAAAGGGAGCGAGAGGAACCAUCGGUCCAGUGGGUGCCUCAGGAAGAAUGGGCCAACAAGGAGAACCAGGCAUAGCGGGUUAUGAGGGUCACAUGGGACCACAGGGGCCUCUGGGACCACCUGGGCCAAAAGGUGAAAAGGGUGAACAGGGAGAUGACAAUAAAGCAGAAGGUCCUGCAGGCCCCCAAGGUGACAGAGGUCCUCCUGGAGACAGAGGAGAGAGAGGAGAGCCUGGUGACCCUGGACACAUUGGUCAGAUAGGAGUUGAUGGAAAAAGAGGUGAAGCUGGUGCCCAAGGGCUUCCUGGACACCCAGGGCCAAAGGGACAGCCUGGAGUCAAAGGAUCCAAAGGUGAUCAAGGUAAGAAAGGAAAAUCAGGGGCAAGAGGAGCAUCUGGGUCCAAAGGACCACCAGGUCCUGAGGGUCCGCCUGGCCCACGGGGAGUUGUGGGCAGGGAGGGACUUGAGGGCCCACCUGGCAUAGACGGACUGCUUGGGAAAGAUGGAAAUAAAGGAGUCAAAGGGGAACAAGGAGAAGAUGGAGAGGUGGGCUCUCCUGGCAAACCUGGUCUGCAGGGUACACCUGGUGUGAUAGGACUUCCUGGAAGUCAAGGCUCCUUUGGGCCAAAGGGUGAGAGGGGUCAUCCAGGACAAUCAGGUGCAUCAGGAAAAAGAGGAUCUGUUGGUGGGCUGGGACUACCAGGAAAACAAGGAGAUCUUGGGCCUCAAGGGCAACCAGGGGAUCUUGGCGAACAAGGAUUUCCAGGGGUGUUGGGUAUGUUUGGACCAAAGGGACCUAUGGGAGACAUUGGCCCAGCAGGGAUACAGGGACCUAGAGGACCACGUGGUUUGAGGGGAAUGGAGGGAACUGUGGGCCCCGUCGGCAUCAUCGGCCCCAGCGGUCACCCAGGACCCCAGGGUGACAAAGGAAGUCGAGGAGAGACGGGGUUACAAGGACCAAGGGGCUCUCCAGGCCCUCAUGGACCACCUGGACCCCCAGGUCUGUCCAGCACCCUUUCACUUCAAAAUGAGGCUCUUGGUGUUGCCUUCAAAGUCAUCAUUGAUUCUCAUGCAGCACUCAGGCCAGAGAGCAUGGACCUGCCUAUGUUAGACCAGGGCACUGAGAUCUUCAAGACCUUGCAGCACCUCAGCAUUCUGAUCCAGAGUCUAAAAAACCCACUGGGAACCCGAGACAACCCUGCACGAAUCUGCAGAGACCUCUACAACUGUGAACAGAGGAUGCAUGACGGUACUUACUGGAUUGACCCAAACCUCGGCUGUGCUGCUGACACUUUGGAGGUGAUGUGCAACUUCACUGCAGGAGGACAGACAUGCCUGAAACCUAUCACAGUGUCCAAGUUGGAAACAGGAGUGGGUCGUAUCCAGAUGAACUUCAUCCAUCUUUUGAGCACUGAGGCUGUGCAGCAUAUCACUGUUCACUGCCUCAACACCCCCGUGUGGGCAGCAGGACCCUCCUUGCAGCCUUCAUCCAGAGCUGUGAGCUUCAAGGCCUGGACUGGAGAGAAGAUUCAGGCUGGGGACCUCCUGGAGCCGCUGAUAACCACAGAUGACUGCUGGAUCAAAGAUGGCCGCUGGCAUCAGACCCACUUCUUUUUCCAGACCCAGGACCCAAAUUUGCUCCCCAUAGUAGAUGUAUACAACCUCCCCACCACAGAACCAGGAGCGAGCUUUCACCUCGAGGUCGGACCUGUGUGCUUCUUAUAAAAGCCUGCGGGUAGCUGCGAGGAAAUACUCCUCAGAGGAGUGACUGCAUGUUGGAGGGCAGACACUGGGGGAGACUCAUGCUUCUGUGGUUUCCAGAACAAAUGACCCCCCCUCUCUAUUUGCUCCCCACAAAAUAUGCUUGGACUGCAGGAACAGGAGGGGGUAGCAGAGAGGGGCAUCCCAGUGGAAAAUGCAGAGAUAAAAGACUUUGAACUCUAAUCAGCCUAUGGAAAACAAAAAUAAGCUUCUUUUUCAGAGACUUGUCUAUGUUAUACAAGCCCUGAAGGCUCCAUAUGGAGGGACAUCAUGUCUUGGACCAUGUUGUACCUUAUUUUCUUCAAGGUCUGAUGCACGGUUAUGCAAAAAAUGUUUUUGGAAAGAGACCUGUACAGAAACAUGGAACAGUUCCAUCUGCAGAUGUAAUGUUCCUAUUUUAUUUAUACAUGUAUAUGUGCUGUAUAUUGUAAUAUAAGGUGCAAUAGUUAUCAUAGGAACAAACGGUAUCAUAACUCAUCACUCAUUCAGGUAUACAGUGUGCCUCAGACACACAGGUGCACUGUCAUAUGUCCAGGUACGUGUUUUUGAGCCUCUGAUAACUACACAGGAGAGAGAGGAAACUCAUGUAUGUACAGUUAGUGUUUUCACACAAACGUCUGCUGUGUGGUGCUUUCCAUGUGUCCAGAAGCUACCUCGUCCUGCACCUCUCAUCUCAUAGUAAACGAGACUUUAUGUCAUUUUGGAUGACACAGAGGUGACAACCGGUGCUGCAACAUGUAAAAAUCGUGUUAUAAACUCUUUGUCAGCGCUAGGCAAAAGCUACAUCUUUAAAAAGGGAAGAUUGUAAAAUAGAAGAUACAAAUGCUGGCUAAACCCAUUAAAUUAUAUUUUGAAGGUAGAAUUGUAGCUUUUUCUCUAUUCUCUGUACCGUAUGAAAGAUUGUGACACUAAAUUAAAAAUUUUAUCUCUCUUAAUGUAAAUGUUUAGGUAUGCAACCUUUUAUUUACAGUGGAUUCUAUUUAAAUUUUAUUUAAAUUCUGAUUAGCUUUCAAGUUCAAACCAGCUAUUAACAACAGUUUGAUCACAUCUCAUAAGCUUUAAGAACCCUCCAGUCUGUAUAUGUUAUUACAGUUAACCUGUUUAUACAAUCAGUGGUAUUUUAGGACGUUACCAUCCCAUGUCUUUUACUGUCUAUUGAUUAUUAUUCAAAGGUGCAGCAAUGGUUGGUUCCACCAAUCACUAAACUCAGAGGAUUUCAUACAAUACAGAACAAUAAACUACCAUAGAACAUGUACUCAAAGUUGUUUGGUGUGUACAGACAUUUUAUGCUGCGUAAAUGAAGUCUAUUGACUUUCCAGAUAAUUCAAUAAAAAGUCUGAAACCUUU